ACCCAAUAUUGCACCGUACGUACACGCCAUUUUCAUUGCUCAGCAUCGUCUGUACUUCGUCCUCCCUCCCAAAAUCACAUCGACUCGUCACUGUGGCACAAUACCUAAAGGGGACAGCCACGCCGCCCCAGUCCUCACUCGGUCCUCGGCCUCACGGAAGACGAGUCAGCCUUGCUGCAUUUCUCUGUAAUCGUCGCACUUUUAGUACCAGGGAAAUGAUCUCGUCCGAAUUGUAGUGCCUCAUUCUCUCCGUUACUGUGCCUCACUUUUUUACCUCUUCUCGUCCAUCAUCGCUUAUCCGGCCAUGAACGUCUCACGGCCGGUGAGCCGCGCCCUUCAGACCGCCCAGAGACUACGCCCCAUGAAAUCGGCGUCACAAUGGCGGCUCUCAUUCUUCACUGGUUGUCAAUUCCGGCGCUACUCCGCCGUCUCUGCCGCCGAGCUGCAGUUCGGCCAGCCCGUGCAUGAGACUCACCCUCACAUCCUCAAAGCCGGCGAGAUCACGCCCGGCAUCACAGCCCAGGAGUACUGGGAACGACGAGCCCGCCUUGCCGAGAAGCUCCCAGACAAUGGGGUCGCCGUUCUCGCCGCCGCAGACCUUCAAUAUCGUUCCGGCGCGGUCUUCUUCCCCUACCGCCAAGAGUCCAACUUCCUUUACCUCACUGGCUGGAACGAGGGCGACUCGGUCGCCGUCAUCCAAAAGACGGGCAAGGAGUUCGGCGACUUCGUCUUCCAUCUAUUCACGAAGCCAAAAGACCCUGUCGCCGAGCAAUGGAUGGGCCCUCGGAACGGUGUUCAGGCCGCCAUCGACAUCUUCAACGCCGAUAAGGCUGCCGACAUUUCCAAACUCGACCGCCACCUCCCCGAGAUCCUUAAGGGCGCUAGCCGUGUCUAUACGGACAUUGAGAAGCCGCGCCAGGGCGAGCAGGAGAGCAAGCUUUGGCAGCUCAUGAAGGCUGACAAGUCUUGGUUUCCCUCCGUCAAGCUGCCCCUCUAUCCCGUUGUCAACUCUCUGAGAGCCAUCAAGUCUCCGGCCGAGGUUGCCAACAUGCGCCGCGCUGGCCAGAUCUCUGGGCGCGUCAUCACCGACGCCAUGCGUAGAUCGUGGACCCGCGAGAAGGAUCUCCAUGCCUUCCUCGACUACCGUUUCGCCGCCGACGGCUGCGACGGUCCGGCAUAUGUCCCCGUCGUCGCCGGUGGCCAGAACGGCCUCUGCAUUCACUACGUCGUGAACAACAAUGUACUGCGCGACGGCGAGACGGUCCUCGUCGACGCCGGCGGCGAAUAUGGCACCUACAUCACCGACAUCUCUCGCACAUGGCCCGUGAGCGGCAAGUUCUCGCCCGCGCAGAAAGAUCUCUACGAGGCUGUGCUCACGGUCCAGCGCUCUAGUGUCUCGCUGUGCCGGGAGAAUGCAAACCUCUCUUUGGACGACAUCCAUGAUCACACCUCGGCGGGGCUGCUCGGGCAGCUCAAGAGCCUGGGCUUCGAUAUCACAUCCCAUGACAUGGACGUGCUUUUUCCGCACCAUGUCGGCCACUACGUCGGUCUGGACGUACACGACGUGCCGGGCUAUGGUAGGAGGACACCUUUAAAGAAGGGGCAUUGUGUGACCAUUGAGCCUGGCAUCUAUGUCCCGGAUACGGACCGAUGGCCAAAGUCCUUCCGGGGCUUGGGCGUGCGGAUCGAGGACAGCAUUUGUGUGGACGAGGAGUCGCCAUACAUCCUCACCACAGAGGCCGUCAAGGAGAUCGCCGACAUUGAAGCCCUUAGGGACUGAAGAAGUCGUGUAUAACAAGUGAACCCUGUAACCAAAAGUAGUCGAUUGCUGUAAUACUGAAGUAAAAUACCAGAUUUGGCAUU